CCUCUAGACUGUAGACCAGGAUGGCAAAUGGACAGGUGUGAUACAGAAUGUGAUGCUGGUCACUAUGGAGUCAACUGUGUGAACACAUGUACUGACAGGAAGUGUUUUGAUGUCAUAUCGUCAUGUGAUCGCUACACCGGGUCAUGUGACAGGGGUUGUCUUCCUGGUUGGAGAGGAGUGGACUGUACACAAGAAUGUGGCCACGGAACCUAUGGACAGAACUGCAGCAUGGCGUAUUCAGAUCGAAAAUGUGCAGGAGAUUCGUCUUGUGACCAUGUGAGAGGAACAUGUGUUUUGGGAUGCGUGUCUGGAUGGAAGGGUGAAGACUGUAAUGAGGUCUGUGACAGCCAACAUUACGGAGCUAACUGCGCUGAGGCCUGCGCCUCCAGACACUGUAAGGGGAACUCUUCCUGUAACUCAACAGGGGCAUGUGACAACGGGUGUAAGACAGGAUGGACACUGACUGAUUGCACAGCUUGCGAGACCCAUCUGUAUGGUCCAGAUUGUACAAAGACCUACUCCACCAGACACUGUAUGCGGAGCUCCUCCUGUAACUCAACAGGGGGAUGUGACAAUGGGUGUGAGGAAAGAUGGACAGAGACUGAUUGCACAGUUCCAGCGUCUGUACCUCAGCAAGACAUACUUAUACCUGCAGUGACAGUAACAGCAAUCGUUGUCGCUGUAGUUGUAGCAGUUGCCGUUGGUGUUAUCAUCUGGAGAAGACGAAGACCAGCACUGGAAGAAUCUGAAUCCCAUGAUUACUAUAACACAAGUCAUCUCUCGAAACCUGAAACAAAACAAUCACCAGAAAACGAAGAAACUAACCUUGAAGCAGGAACUUAUGAGUGCCUCAAUGGGAUGUCAAAUAACGCCCAAGGCUCUGCAGAGACAUAUUGCACACUCAACACAGACAAGCCAGGUGAUGGGGCAUCUGAUGAAGUGGCGGACAAGGAAGGGGACGACAUAUACGAGCCAACAGAGCCACGGACAUAUGAAACGCUUGACAGCACUUCUCGUGACAUGGAUGGUGACUAUAAUAAAUUGUGCGAGAUUAAAUAACGAUAUUAACACGACCUAAUAUUUUCACUCACUCUAUCUGUGCCGGCAAGGAGUGAACUCGAGCUGGAAGACAACUAUUUCAAUCUGCUCUCGUAUCUCUAUCAAUUGAUUGUUUUUGUUUCUUUCUUGUUUAAUGCCACACACAGCAAUGAUCCAGCUAUAAGGCGACGGUCUGUAAAUAAUC